AGUGGAUGGCAAUGGGCUGGGGGCAGUCCUUUCAGAUAUUUAAACUGGGCUCCAGAGGAAAAGAAUACAACAAAACAGAACAAAACAGAUAAAAGAAAACCUCUUUCAUAGGAAAGAAGAACUGCAAAAUUCUUGAGACAUGCAAGAAGUCCUUCCCCAGAUCCUGGGAAAAUCUGUGGCACAAUGAAUCCCAGACAGAAUGCUAAAUGGGAAAACCAAGCAUGCAACCAGAGAUUUGGCUACAUCUGUAAAAAGAGAAAAAUAAAUUCAAAAUUUGACAAUAUAACCAGAGAGGAAAUGAGACCUACUAAAUGCACAGAAGGUUGGUGGCCAUAUGCAGGCCACUGCUACAGCAUUCAAAGAGAAUCCAAAGCGUGGAAGGAUGCCCUGACUUCAUGUAAGAGGCAGGAUGGAGACUUGGCCAGUGUCCACACCAUUGCUGAAUACAGCUUUCUGGUGUCACAGCUUGGUUACAAGCCAACAGAAGAGCUGUGGCUGGGCCUAAAUGACCUGAAGGCUCAUUUCUACUUUGAGUGGAGUGAUGGGACCCCUGUGACGUUCACCACAUGGCAGCGCAGACAUCCCACCUAUAGGAACGGUUUAGAGGACUGUGUUGUUAUGAAGGGACAGGAUGGGUACUGGGCAACUGAUGUUUGUGAUAGGCAACUUGGUUACAUCUGUAAAAAGAAGCCCUCAUCAAAGUCUCUUGAAGAAAAGAUCAAGGACCCAGGCUGCCAGGAAGGUUGGAAAAGAUUUAGUUUUCACUGUUAUUUGGUGGGUUCUGCACUUGCAACCUUCUCAGACGCAAAUAAGACAUGUGAGAAGAGCAAAGCUUAUCUAGCUACAGUGGAAACCAGGAAUGAGCAAGCUUUCCUGAUUAGUCUGACUGGGCUGAGGUCUGAAAAGUAUUUCUGGCUCGGUCUCUCUGACACAGAAGAGCAAGGGAUGUUCAGGUGGACCAGUGGUGAAACUCCUUCCUUCACACACUGGAAUUCAGCAAUGCCAGGGAAAGAGCAAGGCUGCGUUGCCAUGGGAACUGGAGCCAAUGCUGGAUUAUGGGAUGUCAUUAGCUGCCAGGAGACAGCAAAUUUCCUUUGCAAGCAGCGGGCAGUGGAAGUGCUACCGCCAGCUCCUCCUGCCCAGGUCCCAGCAGCAUCCUGUGCCCAGGGUUGGGAUGGAGCCCCACAGGCAGACUCCUGCUUCAAGUUCUUUGUGAGGGACAAAAACCUAAAGAAGAAUUGGUUUGAAGCUGAAGAAUUCUGUAGAGAAAUAGGAGGAAAUCUGGUCACAAUCAAUUCAAAAGAAGAUCAAGUUUUUAUAUGGCAGUUAGCAUUGGAAAAAGGACUGCAAACUCAGGGUUUCUGGAUGGGUUUGUUUCUCUUAAAUCCUGACGAAGGAUUUGCCUGGAUUGAUGGUUCUCCUGUAAUUUAUGAGAACUGGGAUGAAGAUGAACCUAAUAAUGAUAAAGGAAUUGAGCACUGUGUUAUGUUUAAUAGAUCACCACAAAUGCGCUGGAAUGACUUGUACUGUGAACAUUUGCUUAAUUGGAUUUGUGAAACUAAAAAAGGUACACUGCUCAAACCUGAACCAAACAACAAACAUGAAUAUCAAGCUGUACAAACUGCUGAUGGGUGGAUUAUAUACAAAGAUAAGCAGUACUAUUUCAGCAGAGAACGUGUCCCUAUGGAAAAAGCACGGAGAAUUUGCCAGAGGAACUUUGCAGAUCUCGUUGUCAUUGAGGAUGAAAAUGAAAGACAGCUUAUUUGGAAAUAUAUUAACAGAAAACUGGGUGGUGUAUUUCUCCAAGAGGAAUCAUAUUUCAUUGGCUUAUUUGUCAGUUCUGAUCGGAAGCUCAGCUGGCUGGGUAAAACCCCUGUGAACUAUGUUGCCUGGGCUCCGGGCGAACCCAAUUAUUCACAUAACGAUGAAAACUGUGUGGUAAUGAGAAAAGAUUUUGGCUUUUGGAACGAUGUAAACUGUGGUUUGAAAAAUGCCUUCAUCUGUGAAAGGCAGAAUUCAACUUACUCAGGAUUUGUUCCCACUGUACUUCCGCCUCUGGGAGGAUGUCCUGAAAUGUGGAUUUUGUUUCAAAAUAAGUGUUAUAAAAUAGUUGGGUCCAGGCAAGAAGAGAGACUGACUUGGUACUCAGCAAGAAGUGCUUGUAUAGAACUAGGGGGAAAUUUAGCCUCUAUACACAAUGCUCAAGUACAAGCAUUCCUCACUUUCCAUCUAAAGGAUGUCACGGAUGAGACUUGGAUAGGAUUAAAUGAUAAGCAUUCAUAUGUUUGGACAGAUGGAAGCCCUUAUGAUUAUGCAUGUUGGGCAAGAGGAUUCCCCUUGGGUAAAUACAGUAGAGUUGGCUGGAAGACUGACUGUAUUGCAAUGACGGUAAGAUCUGUAAAUGAAGUAGGGAAGUGGGAAAACACAGACUGCCAUCACAACAAAAGCUAUAUUUGCCAGAUGGACAGCAAGCCUGAACUAUUCCAUUCCACAACUGCUCCGGAUUCUGACUUCUUCCAUUAUGGUAACAGUAGCUAUUUAAUCAUUCCUUCUAAAAUGAGUUGGGAAGAAGCAAGAAAAGCCUGCAGGGUGAAAUCUUCAGAGCUUGCCAGCAUUUCAGAUUAUUACAGUAAUAUAUUUCUCCUGCUCCAGGCAGCACAAUAUGGCGAGCCCUUAUGGAUUGGACUCAAUAGCAAUAUGAGUUAUGGGUACUACAGAUGGAGUGAUAAAAGGAAAAUUGAUUUUUCUAAUUGGUAGUAUGAAGAACCAAAAGAGAAAAUAGCAUGUGUCUUCCUAGAUCUCAGUGGGGAAUGGAAAACAGCACCUUGUAAUGAAAAACACUUUUCUGCCUGCAAAAAAUCUGAGGAUAUACUUUCUUCUGAUCCUCCACAGGAUAUUGGAAGAUGUCCUCAGUCAGGUCACACAGCUUGGAUUCCUUUCCGUAGCUACUGCUAUUACUUUAAUGCCAAUGAAAUGAGCUGGGUUCAGUCUGUGACUCGAUGCAUUC